AUGUCCCCUCUUAGAGGAUAUAUCACGACAUAUCCUCCGCGAGUUCGGCAGUAUGGAAAUGCGCUCCUCACACCCGUCUACCCUGUGCAAACUGGCCCAACUCCUCGAACAACUAAGCGCGGCACCACUGCCAUUAAUUACGCUGAAGAUGGGUUUGAUGAUGACGAUUUUGAUGAAAGUGAUGGACCACGGCGACCUACUGGAUUGAGAAGCCUGCGUCGUGAGGAAUCGGCUGCUGGUCUUAUGUCAGUGCCAGAAAAGCUAGGCAAGGAAGCACAUGCGCCAGUGGAAGUCCAGGGUGUGUUCCGCGAAUGGAUGAUCAAACGAAUGCUCAGGCCGGCAUGUGCCGAGCAACUUCAGAUCCAAGCACAGCUGCCUAUGACACUGAUUCCUAUCCGAAUUGAUGUGGAAGUUGUUGGACACCAACCUCUCGAACCCUUCCCCCUCCCGCGCGGCGUUAUGGAUCCCAGCAUCAACCCAACACUUCCUGCUUACCGCAGGCCGGACCAUCUUCCGCCGUUCAGGAUCAAGGAUACUUUUCUUUGGAAUCUUCAUGAAGCAUUGGCUACGCCAGAAGAGUUUGCCAUUGGCUUCGUGCGCGAUCUAGAUCUUCCCAACCCUCAAGCAACGACAAUGACCAUCAGCAACCAGAUCAGACAGCAAUUGGAAGAGUACGCCGGUGUUGCAUUGCAUCCUUUAUUCCAAAGCUCCCAUAUUCCUGCACCAACUGGGCCUCCACAGACUGAGACCUCGCGAGAUGCAUCCAUGACUCCGGCUGCCACAAAUGGCGCAACUCCGGAUAACCGUCCUAAUGGAGCAAUAAUCACUGCUACUAAAGAGGCACUCGUCAAUGACAGCGUUCUCAACCCAGAUGACGCUUACCGGUGCCUGAUAAAUCUCAAUAUCAAUCUUCAAAACAAGCUCUACACCGACCGAUUUGAGUGGUCACUACUCCACCCUCCAGGCAUGGCUGAACACUUUGCGAAAACCACCUGUGCCGAUCUCGGUCUGAACGGUGAAUGGGUCAGUGCCAUUUCGCAUGGCAUUUACGAAGCGGUGUUGAAGCUGAAGAAAGAGGUUUGUGAAAGCGGUGGCCUUGUCAGUGGGAUCAAUGGUUAUGGAAAUGAGAUCGAUAACCAGGCCGCAAAUGGUGUUGAAGCUGGCUGGCGAUAUGAUCCUGAGACCCUGGGCGAAGAAUGGGAGCCCAAGGUGGAAACCUUGUCUAAGGAUGAAAUUGAGAGACGAGAAGGAGACCGGGAACGGCAAAUUCGGCGUCUGCGGCGAGAAACUGCCCGAUUUUCUUCCACAACAGGUAUCACCCCAGAUGCUUCUCGACAGAGCAGUGGAUACUUUGAUCUCGACAGUGAAACACCUCUUGGCAGGGGAGAGCGAAACAAGCGCAAGCGUCGAUUCCGCAGUAUCAGUCCGUUGGGCAGGGGAGGCACUCCUGGUGGCCGCGGCACUCCUGACACAGGCUCAGGAGCUGGUUAUGGUGGAGGUGGUGGUACCCUUUCUGAAUGGGAACGGCAAAGCUGGCGCUGCAGCAAUUGUAUGGUUUGGGGCGCAGCUGUUUGGGCCGUGCGAGAUGGUCCAGAUGGUCCACGGUCUCUCUGCCAUAACUGCGGCUUCCUUUAUGAGCGAGACAAACUCACACCCCAAUGGUCGAAAGACCUCCACCGUCACGAUAUCCCCGUCGGCCGUUUUGGCUAG